UGGAUCGCGCCGCCGACGCCGGGCAGCCUGAGCGCUGACACAGGAGCAGGUUGCCCACCGCCCGCUCUCCCGCCGCUGGAUGUCUCACCGAGCGACACAUUUGUAACACAUUUCGCUGCCCGAUAAAAAAAAGAAGAAAAAAAGAGGUGACUUUGUUUUAUUUCCCCCCUCGAGCAGGAAGCGACCCGCUUCCCCUCACCAUGGCUUCCAACUUCAACGACAUAGUCAAACAGGGAUACGUGAGGAUACGGAGUAAGAAACUGGGGAUCUUCCGGAGGUGUUGGCUGGUGUUCAAGAAGGCCUCCAGUAAAGGUCCACGGCGGUUAGAGAAGUACCCGGACGAGAAGGCAGCCUACUUCAGGAGCUUCCACAAGAUCACGGAGCUCCAUAACAUAAAGAACAUAACCCGGAUGCCGCGGGAGACGAAAAAGCACGCGGUGGCGAUCCUCUUCAUUGAUGACACAUUCAAGACAUUUGCCUGUGAAUCGGAGCUGGAUGCAGAGGAAUGGUGUAGGCUGCUGUGCGUGGAGUGCCUGGGCUGCCGUCUCAACGACAUCAGCCUGGGAGAGCCAGACCUGUUAGCAGCGGGGGUGCAGCGGGAGCAGAACGAGCGUUUCAACGUGUACCUAAUGCCCACUCCCAACCUGGACAUCUACGGGGAGUGCACCAUGCAGAUCACCCAUGAGAACAUCUACCUGUGGGACAUACACAACGCUCGCCUCAAACUCGUCAUGUGGCCUCUCAGCUCCCUGCGCAGAUACGGUCGGGACUCCACCUGGUUCACUUUUGAGUCUGGAAGGAUGUGUGACACAGGAGAGGGUUUGUUCACGUUCCAGACGCGGGAGGGGGAGAUGAUCUACCAGCGGGUCCACUCGGCCACGCUGGCCAUUGCCCAGCAGCAUGAGAGGAUGAUGGAGGAGAUGGAGAAGAGUUCCCAGGUACCUUUUUAAAUGCAUCCACCCAGAGAGAUGCUAACCAAGUCCAUCUCCCUGCCACGCAGCGCCUACUGGCAACACAUCACGCGUCAAAACAGCAUGGGAGAUCUCUACAGUUACCAAGGAAGCGGCCUGACAUUGACUUUUAUCCCUCGAGCCCAGACGUUCCCCAGCUUUCUGUGUGACGAACAGGAGGAGAGCCGGCACCAGGAGCAGGCACCGUCGCCCUCUAGUGGCCCUGCAUCCAGCUGCAGCCUGAGACCCCUCCAAUGACAAAGAGCUGGUCCACCUAAAGCGGACACUUUGCCCACUGUAGAAAUAUGUAUAGUGACAUGUGUAAUAUAUUAUUUCCUGGUGAUACUUAAACAAUAGUGUCAACUGUAGAGCAACUGACACAUGACAUGGAUCCUGAGAAGGAUCUUUUUGUGUGUGGUGUAGCUUCAAAGAUUGCACCAAAAAUCCUGUAAGUGUAGUUUAAAUGUGUUUUAUGUUGUCAUUUUGCUGUUAGAGCCAGCAGGACCUCAUUUUCUUUGAACCACUGCUGAGAGGUAAGAGGUACAAACAUUGUAAAACGGUGUCAAAUUCAAAGAAAGAAGCUAUUGUUCUGCAAAUUGAUGAAAUCACACACAACUCAUUCCAACGAUGUGCAGCCUCAGCAACCAUGUUAAGAGAGACGGCACCAUUUUUGACACUUAAUCCUCCCAAGCUCACUGUACUUUGCUCCCUCUCUAGAAUGUGAACGUGGUCAACGUCUGACGUAGAAACAGCUCGACUUCGGCGGCGGUGAUGAAUCAGCUCACGCCCUGAAUCAGUUACAACCAGCAAAGGGAAAAAGUCAUUCAGAAAGGUAACGACAUGGGAGAUGGCGGAGAGCCACCUUCUCACAGCCUCUACUUUAAACUGCCAAGCAUACAUUUGUUCGAGCUCUUCUCCCGCCUCAUAUCCCGAUAACUCAUUGACAAAAAGGAGAGAAGCGAGACGUUGGUGACCUGAUGAGGAGCGUUAAACGCAGCAGCAGCUCAUCACGACACGGGAAUCCAAAGUGGAUCGUGGCAACAAAAUCAUGGGGAUUUUUUAGCCCAGCUGGUAUAUUCAUAUAAUAUUCAAAUUUAGAAAAGAUAUUAGUAUCGUGAGCUGCAUUUCGCUGAUAAAAUGUGUGCUCAUUAAAAUACACAACAUAGGGAACCGUCAUGAAAGGAAGAGUUUUAUAUAGGAAAUUUGCUUUCUUGUUGAGAAUUAGAUGAGAAGGCCGAUAUCUUCUAUCUUCGCAUCGACAAAAUGUUUCCCCCAGAUUGUCCAAGAAAUACAGUUUAUCAUUUUUUUUUUCAUCAGCAGCUGUGUAGAAACUAUAAAGAAAGGCUAUUAGUGGUGGUUGUCACUGAAAUAGACAAAAUCAACAGAAAACCUAUUAAAUAUUUUCAGUACAUUUUUUCUGUGGCAUUUAGGGAACAUUUAUCACAGUGUGUGUGACGACAACAUUCUCUGCAGUGUCCUCCUCGUGUAAGAAGUGCCUUUCCGACACAGACCGCAGAGUUCGAGAGCUAACCAAGGCAACGGCUUUGGGCUUUGAGUUUACAAUUGUGCAGUUUGGCUUCAACAGAUUUAGAAAAGUCUUCAGUUCCUCUUAAAUACUGUCCAACCAGCUGUGACAUGCCAUCUGACCCCAAAUACAUAGAGUAAAACCGAGCCACAGCUCUUUUAGAAAGGUGAGAAGGACACUCGUUUCCUAUUGGUGACCGUCAGCAGACACGUGUUCCUCUUGUUCACUAUUUGUGAUAAGUGUUUUUAUUUUUUAUUUUUUGGUUACGUCAAAGGCGGCAAGAACCCAUAAAUUCCAGCAGCAACUUUGAAAUUGUGAAAACGAUCCAAUGACAAUCAGUUUGAGGCAGCAAAGCAGUCCUUUAAUGUCAAAUAUAUAUAAUGUGUUUUGUUGUUGCUAAAAUAUUCCUGUAGAACUGGAGCUGAAAGCUCUUACCUUGGGUUAAAGUUUAGUUUUGCCGUCAGUCACUUUAUUUUGUAUAUUGUAAUUGAAAGAACUCGACCUUCAUAUUCAUUUUAGCCUGGAACAAAGUGCCGUAUGAGGAAGGACAGCUGUUGGCACAUCUGGCUACAUUUCUGCCCUAGUUGUCCUGAGUCUUGGCUCCAGUGUGGUUCAUACAUGUGUGUUUAAUAGUUCCACUUCAUCCGGAGCAUCAGAGCAACACUGAGAAGACUGGAGACAGUUUGAGUCGGCCGUUUAUCAUUGGUACAUUAUGUUUGUUAUGUACGUAGGUAUGAUGUGUCCGAUUGCUGUUCUUGUUACUAGGAUUAUUGAUUUUGUUUGUGUCCAUCAACUUUUGUGUUCUGGUCCCGUCAUAUUAUGUUAAUAGCACUUUGAAAACAUUGAGUGUAGGACUACAGUUUUCACUAAAUGUACAUAUGUAAUGUUUUUGAUGACAAAAAGAUAAUAAAUUGAAUGUUCUAUCGUG